AGCUAGCAGGCAGAGGAGGAAGGAGCAUGUUAAUAUGGCGCCCACACUCACUGCCUGGGAACCACACACGGCGAACAAGAAGGAGCAACAGAAGAAAACUUGGGGAAUCCGACCACACAGGGUGUUGACCGUGUCCAAGAAGUUGGUCUGCAUGGGAUAGAACAGCGACUGGAACAUGUUGUCCUCAAAAGGGAACUGGAGCAGUGACAAAAAAACAUGACGUCCCCUCUGGACUUUCUGCUGCCUUCUCGGAUCUCGACCUCACGCCUGCCCCUGGACAACGACGCCUCGCUCCAGCCCCUGACCACCUGCCUGUCCCCAGACCUCCGAGCCUGCCUUGCCCUUUCUGGACUUCCACACCAAUCUCAACACGUACCUUCAACACCACCCGGUCUGCAUCACUGAACAAAUCCACAAUGAUAACUCCUAUGUUUGACCUGAGCCAGGAUCCAGAGUACCUGAUCCUUUCCAUCCGGGUUCCCUACACCAGAACAUCAGAGUUUGACCUCUUUAUAGACGGAACAGAUGUCAAAUUCUAUGCCAAACCUUACUUUCUGAGGUUAACACUUCCGGGAAGAGUAGUCGAAGAUGGAAGAGAAAAGGCCACAUUUGACAUUGAUAAAGGGCUCUUUACUGUGCAGAUCCCCAAAGAAACAUCUGGAGAGUACUUUGAAGGCCUCCAGAUGUUGACGAGUCUCCUCGCUCCCAAAGGUUCCCGCUCAGCAAAGCCUCUUUUAGAGGACAUCAGUCCAGAUUGCGGUGAAAGUGUGGGCACUAAUGAAGGGGAAGAUGAAGAAGACUUUGACUGGCAGGUUGAGCAGGAGGUUUACAAAGAGAAAUCUGAAGAGGAGCUAAGAAGCAUGCAGAAAUAUGGCUUUGGCAAUCAGAGGUCUGGAGUGUUUGCUCGGUUACAGGAAGAACUCAGCGAUGUGAUCGAUGUCAAGGACCCAGAUGGAACCACAUUAGCCAAGAGGAGGCAAGAGCGUCUCAAUGCAGAGGCCUCUGCCUUCUCUCCCGAUCACUACCUAGCAGAUCUUUUUGAAGAUGAUGAGAUAAAGAGACUGCUGAAAUUUAGACCAUGGUGGACAAAAUGUCGUCCUUCACCUGAGCAUGAAGGAGAGGCUGCCAUAUUGUUCAGUGACGAUGAGAAAGAGCAGAUGAGAAAAUUCACCAACCGAUUCUACCUGCUCAACAAGACUUCACGUUACCAAGUGUGGCUUAGCCUAGUGGACAUCCUAUUGGCUUACGCCUAUGAAGUGCGCUCCACAGAGGGAGACUACAACGUGGAGUCCCCGUGGGCUAUCAGAAAACUCAGCGGCACGCUAUGUUGGCUGGAGACGUACAGCUCCUUACAAGAAGUCCUGGUGUCAUUUGGAAGAAGGGUUUUAUGCUAUCCACUCUACCGGCACUUCGACAUGGUGGCGGCUGCCAUUUAUGACAUAGCUGGAAUACUACAGUCAGGGAAAGCCUGCGUCCUCAAAUGCCUGCUUGAUAUUCACAAAGUCUUCAGAAAGAACGACCCUUCUUACAUACUUAACGAUCUGUAUAUUACGGACUACUGCAUCUGGAUCCAGAGGAUCAAGUCUGAAAAGUUGUCAGCCCUGGCAGCAACGCUACAAAAAGCCUCCCUCCAGAAAAAAGACUUGGAGCUGGAGCUUGAGGAGCUGGAAGAGGCAGCCUCAAUGGUUGCCGAGGAGGAAGGAAGCUCCAAGAGUGCUUCAGGGAGCGUUUGCAGUGACAGCAACUCCUCCCAAGAAGACGAGGAGUGUGCGACCCCGGGCGGAGGGGGAGGAGAGUCAUCUAAGGACAGCCCUCUGCACCCCUCCUCCCCCGUCUGCGCCAUCCCACAGCAGAGCGUCACGCUCCCGUCAGCGGACGGCAACGUCAACGCUUUCCCACCCGCCUCAGAAGGCACCAGGCCACUCAUCCAAGAGCUCGGGGAGCUGAGAAUCACUCAAGACGCACGCAGCAGUCCUGAAGAGGAGAGGAAGCUUUCACAGGCGAAGACGAGCGCAGCAGCAGGAGGGACUUUAUUAGAGCCGAGUCAGCAGAAUAACGCUCUGCUCAUCAUUAAAACACAGGAAGAUUCAUCCCCUGAUGGGCUUUUUGAAAUGUAACCUGGAUGUAAACCCUCAGAUAUUUCAUCGUGUACUUGUAAGUACUUUAUUCAUAUUUCAUAAAUCAUUUUUUUCUUCCUUUAGCAUCAUUGAGUAUACAUAAAGUGGUACCUAUGUUUUUUGUUCCAGAAGGUCAAAUCUAAUAAAGAGUGAAUCGGUGUUUCCCGUAAGAAAUCAUGUAAAACCAAUUCAUUUGUUCCAGACAUCUGAAAAUGUAAACACAAUGUGCAUUUCUUUUAGGAUAAUUGUAGUUUUACAUGCAGAAAAUACAAAUAAAGGACAAUAGAAAUGGAUAAAAGAGCAUUUAACAUCACUUUUACCUUUACUAUUCUAAGGUUCUUGUACUAAAAUUGUAUACAAAUCUAAUUAUGGUGAGAAUGUUCAGCUAAAAGUGGGGAGUAUGAAAGAUGAGGUACUACUUUAUGUUUGAGAUAUUUACCAAGAUUUCUGGUGACAAGUUAUUUUCCUGACAUGUUUUAUGUUGUAUACAAAUACUGUUAGUGACUCUGUAAGCUCUUGUAUUUACUUGAAAUAAAUUGAUACCAAAUAUG